CUCAGUCUGUGCUUACAAUGGCAUCUAGUGAACAAACUGUAGAGUUUAUGGAGGAAUUUAUUUGCCCAGUUUGCCUUGAAUUGUUAAAUGUUCCAGUGACACUGGAGUGUGGACAUAAUUUCUGCAGGUCUUGUAUUGACAGAGUUUGGGACAGUGAGAAACAACCUUCCUGUCCUGAGUGCAGAGAGGAAUUCACAGCCAGGAAAUAUGCAGUGAGCAGACUGCUAGCAAAUGCAAUUAAAAAAGUGCAAAUACAGUGUCAGAGAGGAGAAGCAGACCCACAACAGAAAAAAGGAGAUGAUCUCUGUAGAGAACAUGAAGAAAGCCUGAAACUGUUUUGUGAGGAUGAUGAGAGUUUGGUUUGCCCAAUGUGUGUUCCAGAACAUCGUGGUCACAACUUCCUAACAGUGCAGAAAGCAGUUAGCAAGUACAAGGACAAUCUGAUAGCUCCCUUGUCUCAGUUACAGUCCAAGCUGAAAGGGUAUAACGAAAAAAAGUGCCAGCAAGAAAUGAAGAUAUCAGAAGUCACAGCUAGUGCUAGAAGUUUACAACUGCACAUUACCUCAGAAUUUACCAAGCUUCAUGAGUUCCUCCAACAUAAGGAAAAAAAACUGAUUCAACAGCUGAAUGAGGAAGAAACAGGGAUUCUAAAACGGAUGGAAGAAAAUCUGAGAAAAAUAAAGGAGGAUAUUAAUGCCCUUCAGAAAUCAAUCUCUAAUGUUCAGCUACAGCUGCAACAACAGGAUGAACUGGCCUUUUUAAAGGAAAUAAAGAAAUACCUAGAAAGAUAUUCAAAACACCAGAAAGAUAGUGAAAGCCAAAGUGUUGUGGUGCACAAUCUGUGUCUAGGGGUAUACAAAGGCCCUCUGCAGUAUAGUGUGUGGAAGGAGAUGAAAUCCAUCCUUAAUCCUAGUUUCUCUAAUGUUUUGUUGGAUGCUGACACUGCACACCCUAAUCUCAUUCUGUCUGAAGACAUGGCCAGUGUGACGCAUGGCAAUAUCAGACAGCAGCUUCCUAACAACCCUAAGAGGUUUAGCAAGUGUUCCUCUGUCCUGGGGUCAGAGGGAUUCAUGUCAGGCAGGCAUUACUGGGAGGUGGUAGUGGUCAACAAGACUGACUGGACUGUAGGUGUUGCUAGAGAAUCAGUCAGCAGGAAGGAGAUCAUCAUUGUGACACCUGAGAUUGGAUACUGGGCUGUAUGUCUCAGGAAUGGGAAUAAGUAUAAAGCACUUGAAGCACCAUCUAAAGUUCUUAGCCUAAGAGUGACUCCCCAGAGUAUUGGCGUGUACCUGGACUAUGAGGGGGGGCAGGUGUCCUUUUAUGAUGCUGAUAGCAUGUCUCACCUGUACACCUUCACUGAUGAAUUCACUGAGCGACUGUACCCUGUGUUCUCCCCAGGUCUUAAUAAUGCUGGAAUAAAUGCAGAACCCCUGAAGCUGCUUCACUUAAAAUUGUAAUAUGGACUGGAAACCCUUAAUGUGCUGACUUUGACAUUAAACUGUUUCUAUUGUAUGAAGAAGGGAUUUGUACUUUCAUUAAAGAGAAUGAGUAAUAUGAUAAAAGAAGUUUUAAAUAGAUUUAUUGAGAGAAUUACUAUGGCUGGUAUGGUAUAAAAAACAAUAACAAGCUUUAAGCUAAUGGAACAUUAAGACAAUGUGUCUUCUGUUAGCACAUUCCUAUUAAAUGAUUAGUACAUGUGUCUUCCUGUCUUACAAUGUUUAUAUAUUUCUUAAAUAAGUCAUAUUAAAGUUAGAUUUACCCCGUACAGUUCCACUGGAGUUCUUAAACUGUAGGGAGUUUGUUCUGCUAUUGCAAAUGACCUCUGUUCUUUGUACUUUUUUUACCAUCUUUCUUAAAUUCUGAAACUCCAUGAACCUAGUUCUUCCUAAUUUUAUGUCAUCAUGCUUGUUCCUUGAUGAUCCAGUCUGGUUGAUACUGUACAUACUAUAGGCUAGCAUUGGAUGGACAGAGAAGUGAGACAUUAGUACUGCAUUUGUUUCUAUUUUCUUCCUUUGUCUGAUGUCCUGCUUUGACAACAAGAACAUAAAUCUGCAUGCAUGAUGUGGCAAUCAUAGUACAGAUAUAUGUAACUAAAUAUUAAGUUAUUGCGCAUACAUCUGAACUACCCCGAUUUCAGCAGAAUGUUCAUGGUUUUGUCUCAGAUGCUUAACUCUCCCUUGUAAUAUGUUUUGAUUUUUCUGGUAAAUAACUAAGGAUUACAGUUAUUCAAUUAUACCACAGUACAGGUACAUAGCUGUAGCCCUAAAAAUGCACAUUCAUUCAAAACAUCCAAAUAAUACAUAUUUCUCACUGCCUUUAACUUGUAAACUAGACACUUCUGAUGCAGACGCGAUGCCAUCAUGCUAACAAUAAAACUCAACUUCAUGUACAGGAAUGUUUGGUGGGUGGAGGACAUCAGUUUACCUUAUGCUGUGAAUUUUAAUAAAAAUAUAAAUAAAACUACCAAUUUCACAUGUACAGCAUGGAAAUGCAAAACAAGCUGCUAUGUAUAACAGAAAAAUAAAACUAUUUCAUAGAUUACCAUUUCAACAAUAUGAAUAUGAUCUCUAAGACUCUGUCAGUGCCCCACAAAGUAGGCCCUAAUACUACAGCACCCCCUGCUGGCUGCAGCACUCAUGUUUUACAGACAUGGGCUUUAGCAUGUUGUCACCUACAAAAUCCUGGCCCUCUGCACUACUAAGGAACAAAUCCUUCUUGUGCCAUCACUCAUGGAGGAGCAUCACUGAUAAUUUUAUUUAAUCAUUAAUUUAUACGCACAGCUACAUGGAUGUGACCAACAUAUAUGUGGCCAUCUAUAAGGAAACUCCAUCAUACAACUGCUACUUUUAUUGAACUUCAAAUACAGCAACUACCUGAUGCCUUGUAUUCUAAUUUAUUGAAGACUUAGUUUAUUUUUCUGAUGCCUUUUAAACUGCAGUUUAAGCAAUUUUGGCAAAUACUAAACUAAACUAGGUCCAAAUGGUACUGAAGUUAUAAUGACAGAUGGUGUGAGUGGCAAAGCUUUAUAUACUGACCCUCUAGAAAUUAAUGCUAACACAUACAGAAAACAAAAAUAGACAGCAGAUUUUUACUAAUGCCUAAUAAGGAAAUAGGCAUUUCUCAGGUUAUUGUGACCUUAAAAUGAUGCACAUAUAUAAUCCCUCACACAGAGGGUCAUAGACAUUUAGAAAUAAGUUAUGACACCUGUGUGUGACGUUUAUCAUUAGGCAUGUGUGACGUUUGUCAUUAGGCGUAUAAGACAAAACAGAUACCUCUAAGACUGUAAACAUGCUGAAAUACUAUGGGUAAAGGAAACAAGUCUUUUCAACAGGAUAAGAAAAAUAGUUAAUGUGAGAGAGAUGGAUAAGAGGAAACUAUGAACAGUAUUUCAUGGCUCAGUUUAUUUUCAGACAUUGCUUACUGAUAAUUCUCUGAUAUGUCUAAAAGUAGGGAUCUGGGUUCUACCUUCAGUUCUUAAUGUAACUUUCAACUGUUGGAUUGGUAUUUAGCAGUAAAGACUGUAAAUUUAUAUCUGGCAAAAGUAAGUUGGAGCAGACAAUGAGUAUUUUAAAUAAGGAGUCUAACCCUGAAUCAUGAACAGAUAGUGAAAAUGCAACUUAAAAACUGAGCAUUCUUUACUUGUGGGUAAAGAUGCCUAUAUUUGAAAAAAGAUAUACAUCAGGAUACUUUGCUGCCGACACGAUGACAGAAUAAAGAACACCAUGACUGUUCCAGUUAGCCUUGUGAUGGGAAAAUCAUGAUUUUUCCAGUAGUAUUCUGCAUGUUGGAAUUAACAGUAGUAGGAAUCACAUGCCAUGGACUUGUGGUCAUAUAAACUGAGCUUAUUUGCUCUUCUUGCUUGCUGAAAAAAGAGUGAUGAUUACUCUAUCUGACAUACUAAAUAUCAAUGUUGUCUACAAUUUAAUACCACUAUGCCUGUUUAAAUUUGCUCUUGCAGAAAGAAUUGAUGCACUUCAUGGUAUUUUUCUUUUCUUAACACAUAACAGCAUUUCUGUAAAAAAGUCUUACUUAUACAUCCUGGUUGAUUAGUCUAUAGUUAAUAAAUGAGCAUUUGAUGGAA